ACGUUACAGCGCCUCACUCGACCCUCUGCGGCUUCCGUAGAUCAGCGUGAACUCAAAAUGGCUUCCGCUGUGGACAACAGUUCAGUUGAACGUGAUUUGUCCGAAGCUGUUCAGCUGCUGAAUAAUCUCACGGAGCAGGUGGCCUCAGUCACGAGUCAUGUCCGCGAGCUGCUAACCAAAGUCAAAGAUGGGACAUUUAAGACAUCACAGGGUUUGUCUUUCUUGGAGCUUCGCUAUCACCUGCUGCUCUUCUACCUUCAGGACCUCAGUCACCUGAUCAGCGUCAAGGGCGAAGGAGGCAAGAUGAAGGAGAGCGAGGCAUUGGACAGAGUGGUCACAGUCCGGACGGUCCUGGAGAAGAUGCGUCCCCUGGACCACAAACUGAAGUACCAGAUUGAUAAACUGGUGCGUACGGCGGUCACUGGCAGUUUAGCUGAAAACGACCCGCUGCAGCUGCGUCCUCAUCCGGAGAAUCUCAGAAGCAAACUGAAUGAAUCUGAGGAGUCUGAAGAUGAAGCUGAGAGCAGCACGGCCUCGGACAGGAGAGCAGCCCACUCUAGUGGCAAGAAAUAUGUACCGCCAAAGAUUGCCCCAGUGCAUUAUGACGGUGAUGUGACCGAGGCCGACAGGAGGAAGGCUCAGGUGGAGCGUCAGCGGCGAGCAGCUCUCAGAAGCUCUGUGAUCCAGGAGCUGAGGCAGCAGUACAGCGACGCCCCCGAGGAGAUCAGGGACAGACGAGACUUCCAGAGUGAACGGCAGAGCCGCGAGGACUCUCACAGGAAAAAUUAUGAGGAGUCGAUGAUGGUUCGUCUCAAUGUGCCCAAGAAUCAGAAGAACGCCAAGAAGAGAGGCAUGAUGGCCAUGUCCGGCCAGCUCAGCGGUAUCACGCACUUCGGUGACAUCACAGCGCUAACAGGCGGCGAUGGUGGACAGGAUGGGGAGAGCGCGCGUCCCAAGAAGAAGAAGAAACCCAUGAAGAAGAAAACCAAGAGAAGAGCUUUCAGGAAGCACAGAUAGGAGACGACGUGAGGAACAGGCUCGUUUCACACUGUUCACAGGACUGAUUCCUCCAGGACGUUAAAUAAACUCCCUCAGUACGUUUACAUUCACCGUCUGAGUUUGUGGAAAAAAACAUUUACUGUCAUUUAUUU